UGCAGAGGAGGAGAACCCGGACUCAUCCAGCCAGGCAGACCGGGAGUCCUGCUCUCUUUUUGCGUUGCCUGCUGCUUCAUGCUCCGGGUAACAGUCCUCACCCAACCGGCCUGCAGCGGUGCGCUGCCUGGGGAUUGUAAACCACAUGGAGAAAGUGUGAUAAACGUUGCCCUCCUCUGGUGGAGUGUGAGGAUAUGAGACUGCGUGGUGGCCGGGAUUUUAUUGCCGCCGCCCACCAAGAAUCUGUUGCUCCACCUCCUUCACUUCCCGUGACCUGGCUGCGUCCCAGCGUCCUCGGGAGGGGUGUACGUUUGUGUCUACGUCUAGAUCGCUAUGACCACCGGGGGCGGGGCUGUUGGCACCUAGUAGACCUGCAGGGAGAGUCAGAGCUGGUCGGAAAGAGACUGAGAAGCCCAGACCCUGAGGCCUGCACACAAAGUUGGAUGAAUACCCUAUCUGCUGGCUCGGAGAUGCAAACUUCAACUUUGGAAGACCAAUUCAUAGUGGGCCCCCAGGUUAAAGUAACUGGCCGGAAGAGAGGACGGCCACCUAUCCGAAAGCUGGAUUUCCAGAGCCACUAUGUGGAUUCUCUGUUGCCCCUGAAGGUCCCGAAGAAAAGGGGAAGGAAACCCGGCUUUAAGCUGAAGCCCAGAAUGGUGAUGUCCCCACUCGCCAACUCUCCUCCCAACAGCACACCAGAACCUGAGAUGGGGUCUAUCCCGCAAGAUGCUGCUAUUGUCCCCCACUCCGCCACGCCACAGGUCCAAAAAGACACAUCCCUGCCUGAUGAUUUCAUAUGUGACCCGCCUGCAGACUCCAAGCGCUACACCGUAGAUCCCAGUGAUUCUGCGUUCAACAUCAUGGCAUCCCAGUACCAAACCAAGCCUUCUUACAUCUAUCGUAGCAACAGCUGCUCCACUCCAUUAGGUUUAUGCAGACAAGCUUCCAGCCCGGCAAGUUUCCAGGACGGAAACAGAAAUGCCCUCAGCCCAUUGCCAGACACUGGAGAUGGCAAGCGUCUUGCUGGAAAGGACCCAUCCAACUGGGGUGUAGAGGAUGUAGUGUGGUUCAUCAAAGAAGCUGACCCUCAAGCCCUGGCACCCCAUGCUGAGGCCUUCAGAAAGCAUGAAAUAGACGGAGAUGCGCUCUUGUUGCUAAAAAGUGAGAUGAUGAUGAAGUACCUGGGACUGAAGCUGGGACCUGCGCUAAAACUCUGUUACCACAUCGACAGACUCAGACAGAAUCGCUCGUAAUUUCCUGUAAGAGAAUUGAAGGCUCAUGCUGAAAAAACAUCACCUCAAUGUCCUGAACACAAGGUGGAGUUGAGACCUUGGUGCUUUCACUGCAUCUGAACCAUUUUUUUGUUGACAAAUUGAACAUUUUAUAUGUACAUAGAGGGACUAUUUGCAACUGUGUUUAUUUGAUACUUAAGUGGCUUUAACUUGUAAAUAGUUUUGCUCCACACAGACGUCAGCUAACAAGAAUUAUCAGCAGCAUUAAUUUAAUCAGACUAUAAUCACGACCACAGAGUGCUCAGCUGCAGGUCUACAAAGGUUUAGAAGUACUACUUAGUUUAGUUAAUACAAUAUUUUCUUUCUAAAUGUAAUUUUUCUCCGGGUUGGAACUGUAAAACCCAUUUUUAAAUUGUGGAUUUUAAGAUUAUCUGACAGCGAACAGCUGCUGCGGUGGUAUCUGGGCUUUCCUGUUGUCUUUUCUCUAUUUCAUCAACAAGUGAGAGAAAGAAACUGAUCUGUGAACCUUUUUACCACCACAAACUGCUGUAUAGCACAAUGGAUCAGUGGUGCUUCUCCAAUAAGAGCCUUUUUCAAACUCUUGCAACCUGGUGCUGCCACUACAUCUACACUUAAUAUAGGUAAACCAUGUCUUGUAUUACUAUCUAAUUUUGACUCUCAACAAGAUGUCAUUCAUCUUAUGCAAUAACUCAUAUCAUAUCAUUUUGAGCAUAAAUGCCACAGCUGAAGGAGUAUUUGAUUGUAAAAUUGUAAAAGGAAGCUAUGUAGCAUUAAGAGUUUUCUCAUGUGAUGCUGUAUAACAAACGUUUUGUUAAAGUGAAUGACUGUCUAAUCUCAUGCUGUGCAAGACAAACUAGUGACACGUGGUAAACGUAUGGCAAACCUUUCAUUAAACAUGUUUUUUUU